UAGGGUGUUGUGGGAAAGAACUGGAGGGGAGGGGGAGUAAAUGUGGGUGCUUAGUGUUCACCGGCCCUGAUUUGUUACAUCUCACAGAGAACAGGAGAGCAGAGGGAUGCAGCCUAACUCCCAGUGAGCUUGGUGCUCCCUCUGCCCCAGCGUCUGUGCGGACGGCAUGUCCUUGGGUCCUUGGCCCAUUCCAGGCUGUCCCCGCUGUGGAAAGAACCCGGGAAAACAGGGUUAUUCUACAGUAGCAACGGGCAUGGUUAGUGCUCAGGGAGGUUUCCAGCGGGGAUUUCCUGGUGUGGGGGUUUUCAGCCCUUGCCCUGGAGACUGUCCCCUACUCUCGGCCACUUCCCUUCCUCCUUUCGUGGAGAAGGACGGGCGGUGCAACGUGCAGCAGGGCCACGCGGGCGAGACGUACCGCUACCUGACCGACCUGUUCACCACGCUGGUGGACCUGCAGUGGCGCCUCAGCCUGCUCUUCUUCGUGCUGGCCUACGCGCUCACCUGGCUCUUCUUCGGCGCCAUCUGGUGGCUCAUCGCCUACGGCCGCGGCGACCUGGAGCACCUGGAGGACGCGGCCUGGACGCCCUGCGUCAACAACCUCAACGGCUUCGUGGCCGCCUUCCUCUUCUCCAUCGAGACGGAGACCACCAUCGGCUACGGGCACCGCGUCAUCACCGACCAGUGCCCCGAGGGCAUCGUGCUGCUGCUGCUGCAGGCCAUCCUGGGCUCCAUGGUGAACGCCUUCAUGGUGGGCUGCAUGUUCGUCAAGAUCUCGCAGCCCAACAAGCGCGCCGCCACGCUCGUCUUCUCGUCGCCGUGGUCCUUCCCCCCAGGAAUGACAUGCCAAGCUCGGAGCUCCUACCUGGUGGACGAGGUGUUGUGGGGCCACCGCUUCACAUCAGUGCUGACCCUGGAGGACGGCUUCUACGAGGUGGACUAUGCCAGCUUCCACCAGACUUUUGAGGUGCCCACACCCUCAUGCAGCGCCCGGGAGCUGGCCGAGGCAGAGGCCCGCCUGGAUGCCCAUCUCUACUGGUCUAUACCCAGCCGGCUGGAUGAGAGAGUGGAGGAAGAGGGGGCAAGGGAGGGGGCAGGGGAGGAGGUGGAGGGAGAGGCUGGGGCUGACAAGGGGAAGAAUGGCUGCCUGCCCCCGCCAGAGAGUGAGUCUAAGGUGUGACCAGCUUUGCAGACCCUGUGGCAGGAUCAGACACAGGCACCUAGGGCGCUGGGUAGUGGAGGUGGAGGAGUCCGGUGAGGUGCCUGGGAACAUGCUAAGGCUGGAGGGGCCCCUCAGAAUCUCGGGUCCAGGAUCCAAUGUGGAAGGAGGCACCCUGAUAUCAAGAGAAUGGAGGGCAGGGAGCGUGAACGGACCGGCCUCUCAUGUUUGACCUUCACAUCUGCUCAUGGGUGGAAUGGGCAGAAGGAUGGACUUAUGUGGAUUGGGUGGGAAGGUGGAAGCAGACAGGGAGACAGCUAGUGGAUAGGUAAGAGGACCGACAGACAGGUGGUACACUCAGGGCUGCUGCUAACCCACUGAGCAUCUUUGUACAAAUUCUAAACAGGCACCCUUUUCCUCCAGACUGACACCACCCCAAACCAGGGUGAGUGGCCUGGGGCACAGAACGUGGGCUGGAUCUUAGCCCGCACUCACCUCCUUGGCCUGCUUCCUGUGCCAGGCACACCUAUCUCACCAGAUACAGUAGCCCAGCUGACCCAGAGGAAAGCUGGAUGGAGGUGGGCAGAGCUGAGGAGGCUGCCCUCCCAGCUCCACCCCUACCCCUGUGGCAGGCUGAAUGGGAGCAUGAGGGGCUGUAGGAGUGGCCCAGCAGGCUGAAUGGCUUUGUCUAUUGCACAGGGAAGCAAGGAGUAGGGAGCUACCAGAGCCGGGGCCCUGGGAAAGGAGUGAAAUGUCAUAAACACCUCGGUUGAGAGCAGAGAGGGGUUCUGAGGAGGAAGAGGGCCAGGGAGAGAUUGAGGUGAGUUCACUAGAGCUGGGACAUGGGGGCCCUUGGGAAAGCAGAAUUAGUGAGAAGGAGUCACUCAUACCAUUCAUUUGGGUGUCCUUUGGGCAUAGAACACUCAACUGGGCACAUGGGGAUGGACAGUCUGAGACCCAUUUCCUAUCUCGGAAUAUAGUGCGCCUGGGAAAAACAGAAAUAUUCCCAUGGCAA